GUGUGCAGUUGGUGAAGGAGGAGGGAGGGGUGUAUCCUAGCGGGGAGCUUUUCCCUGUUGUAGUAACCAAGCGCACGCCGACUGCCAGCCAUUACUUCACUGCAGCAACAAUCAGCCCCUUCGUACUUAGUGAGCCAGACACUCUAACCUGUCUGUCCCCUCCUCUUUUCUCUCUCUCCCCCACUCCCUCUGCAUAUUCAGCAGCGCUGCCCUCCUCUCCUCCUCAUCACUUUGCCACUCCUGCGGCACUGCUCUUUGCUUGUAGGGGGACACCGGCCCUGCUCCUCACCCACUGAUUCUGCAUGACUGUCACAAAGAUGUCAUGGCGUCCGACCUACCGAAGCUCCAAGUUUCGAAAUGUGUAUGGAAAAGUAGGCAACCGGGAGCACUGCUUCGACGGCAUCCCCAUCACCAAGAACGUCCAUGACAACCACUUCUGUGCCGUCAACUCCAAGUUCGUGGCGGUCGUCACCGAGAGCGCCGGCGGGGGCUCCUUCAUUGUUAUACCUGUUUCCCAGUGUGGCCGCCUGGACUCUCAUUACCCAAAAGUGUGCGGCCACCAAGGCAAUGUGCUGGAUAUCAAGUGGAACCCCUUCUUUGAAAACAUCAUAGCAUCAUGCUCCGAGGACACCUCGGUCAGAGUGUGGGAGAUCCCAGAGGGCGGCCUGAGGCGCAACAUGACGGAGGCGGUGCUGGAGCUGUACGGUCACAGCAGACGCGUGGGGCUCAUAGAGUGGCACCCCACCAGCAGCGGCAUCCUCUUCAGCGCAGGCUACGACUAUAAGAUCCUGAUCUGGAACCUGGAGAUCGGAGAGCCGGUGAAAAUGAUCGACUGCCACACUGACGUCAUCCUCAGCAUGUCCUUCAACACGGACGGCAGCCUGCUGGCCACCAGCUGCAAAGACAAGAAUCUGCGUGUCAUUGAGCCGCGCUCUGGGAGAGUCCUUCAGCAAGCCAGUUAUAAGAACCACCGCGUAAACCGAGUCGUCUUCCUGGGAAACAUGAAACGACUGGUCACGACGGGAGUUUCUCGCUGGAACACCCGGCAGAUUGCUCUGUGGGAUCAGGAGGAUUUAGCCAUGCCAAUUGUGGAAGAGGAUAUCGACGGCCUCUCGGGACUGUUGUUUCCCUUCUACGACUCCGACACACACAUGUUGUACUUGGCCGGCAAGGGGGACGGCAACAUCCGUUACUUUGAAAUUACCACGGAGAAGCCAUACAUCCAGUACCUAAUGGAGUUCCGGUCUCCGGCCCCACAGAAGGGACUGGGUGUGAUGCCAAAGCACGGGCUGGAUGUGUCAGCCUGCGAGGUGUACCGCUUCUACAAGCUAGUCACGCUGAAGGGUUUGAUUGAGCCCAUUUCAAUGAUUGUGCCAAGGAGGUCAGACACAUACCAGGAGGACAUCUACCCCAUGACAGCAGGAACCGAACCUGCCAUGUCUGCCAGCGAAUGGCUGAGUGGCAUUAACAGAGACCCAGUCUUGAUGUCGCUGAAGGACGGUUACCACCGGCCAAACCAGUUAGUGUUCAAGGCCCCAGUGAAGGAAAAGAAGAGCGUGGUAGUCAAUGGUAUCGACCUGCUGGAGAACGUACCGCCCAGGACAGAGAACGAGCUCCUGCGGAUGUUCUUCCGGCAGCAGGAUGAGCUGCGGCGGCUGAAGGAGGAGCUGACCACCAAGGACGUGCGAAUACGCCAGCUGGAGCUGGAGCUCAACAACCUGAAGAACGUUAGCCCCAACAACGUCUGACCUCUCAGCCUUCUGGACUGGCAAAGCUGCUUCCUUUGCCCACCCCCCCCCCACUCAAUAUUUCUGACCUCCGACAAGCUUCUGAGCCCCUCCCGCCCUGCUUUUUUGAUAUACCACAUGAUAUCAUAACUUCAUUCCUGCAGCCCUGCAUAAUGCACACAAUAAUAUGCUAACUGUUGGGAUUAUGUCUUAACUGAUGCAAUUACUGGAAUAUUGUAGUGGAGACAGGUCAGGGAUUGCCACUGAAACAUUGAGAAGAUGAUACGGGAAAUUUGAGAUCAAGUCAAUUUUAGCAUUUUCCGUUUUUAUAAAUUGAUAUUAUUAAGUAUAAUGACCACUUAUUGAAUAUUUUCAGCCACGCCGCCUCCGUACUUGUCUUAUUAUGCCUGCCCUGCUGUCCAUGUGGCAAUGCCUUGAUUGCCUUGCAACGGUCCCCAGACUCUGGAGGAUAAAAAAGACUACCACUGCCUCCUGUUUUUCUUUCCCAAUGCCUUAGUCCCUGCUGCAGACCCACUUUGCAGCGAGCUGCAACACCACCUCAAAAUGGAGGACGCAAAGUAGCUCUGCACCUUUCAGACGAGAAGAGUUUCGCAGACACGGGAUCAUGUUUUUCACAAAGCUGCUCAUCCCUUAACUUUUUUUUUUCUCAGAUACAAAUGUUGACUAUAAAUUUAAUUCGCUGACAUGUAGAUCCCCCCCCCCCCCAAAUGCAGUUUUAUUCCCAUUGAUAGCAGUUAGUCUUUAUUUAAACGGUGGGAAAGCAGCAGAGGAGACGUGGAUGUGCAGCUGGUGAACUUGUGACUAAUACAGUCUCAAGGGAAGAUUCGCUGAUUGCUUCUGGUUAUUUAGGGCUAAUUUUGAGGACGGGCUCGGGGGUGUUAAUGUAUAUUUGCUUCUAUUUAUUUGUCACCUCUUACCCUUUUAGCUAAUAACGUGGAUAUUUGUUAAUCCCACUGGUUUUGUACGAUGGUUGUGAUGCUUGAUUUUGCUGAAUGUUUCCAAUUUACAUGGUUUUUAGAGCUUUGACGCAUAACUUCAGAUAAGUUACGAAGCUAUUGCCUACUCCUAACAGAACAAACCGUAACAAUUGCCAUCCUUUCACAUUUAAACUAGUAGUACAUUACCAUUACUGAGACGUGUAUGCCUGUAGAUGUGUUGCCCUUAAGAAAUAAGGUCAAUUGCCUCUCCUCUCCUCCACGUGUACCAUCAACACACUUAAAUGAAUCUUUUUUUUAAAAAAAAAACAAAUAGACUCCUUUCCUUUAGCUUUAUAUUUAAGAGAAAUUAAUUAAGUAACAUUUAAUCGGGACAAGUAAAACAGCAAAGUUACCAGAAAGAUACUGCGAAUGUUCAUGAAGUCAUCAGUGUCAAUCAUCUCAUCACUAAUUCUGCUCUACGGGGGUUUAAGAAAAGUAAAAAGAUGAAUCCAAUACGUGGUUGGAACUAUGUAAUUUGUAAGUAACACAUAUGUGAAGGACUAAAGGUAAUAGUAGUGACAUUGUAGGUGCAAAGCUUUGUAGCUUCAGUUGAACUAAUUAAUGGUAAACCACAUGUGAUGUCUGUUUCUUGCAGGUAAAAUGAAAGGUUCCAGUGAAGGUAGACAGUGAGAAAAGGAUCUUCCAGGUAGAUGAGCAGCAGAGAAAGACGAGAAGCCAGAGUUUCAGGGCCGUUGACGUAGGUAACUGAGGACUCAAAAUCAACCUCUAAAAUGUUCGCUUUAGGAUAGCCAUGCAGAUUAACCCUUACGCUUUUCAAAUAACUCUUCAAGUGGUAUUUAAGAUGGAAGAACUUCAAGUUUGUCUGGUGUCUGAACCUUUAGGUGAUCAAAUAAACCAGGGCUCAAAUUUGCUCAAUCUCUGGUAGCAUUGUGGGUCUAUAUGGAACAUUUAACAUGAUCUGUUGUAUGAAACGUUCUUCCUGGAUUGAUUUUCUUUCUGUGUGAAAAAUGAAAGACUCGUCAUCGAUACCCGGAAAAUGUGUCGACACGUUUUCACUUUACCGCUGUUGCACAAGGACCACAAACGUCAAAAACAUAUAUAAAAGGGAUUUAUUGAAGUGAAUGGGAGGGAGAAAAAAAGAAACUGAAUUUGGCUGAUGACAGUGGAUUUAACAGAGUGAAAAAUCACUGAGGUAGGCCAAUUUGACCAUUGCGUACACUAGAGAAAACAAAGUCCAAAUAACUGACCGUUUUCCAGAGUUUACACUUUGAAACAAAUAAAUUUUCAAUGCACAUAA